UGGAUAAGUAGUGUUUUCCUCACUGGAGAUUUCUCUGUGCAAUUUUGGAGGAAGAAAGCAGUAAAACGAUGUCCGCCUGCAUUUCUUCUUCUUCCAGGGCUCCUUCAAUUUCAGCUUUCUCCUCUGAAUUAAUCUCAAUCAAGCUAGGUAAACCCUCUUCACUUUCAUGGUCUUCUUCCCUCCCCAACCUUAAUCUUUCCCUCUCCACUUCACCAUCCGGCCACCUUUCGAAUCGCCUCCACAAGCAGAGUUUUGUUGUUGAAGCUGCCUGGACUCGGCGAUCAAGGGGUGAAGCUGCCAAAAAGCCUAACAAAAAGUCAUGGAAGCAAAGGACAGAUAUGUACAUGAGGCCAUUUGUACUCACCGUGUUCUUCUCAAAAAGAUUUGUUCAUGCAAAAGUGAUGCAUAGGGGAACAAGCAAGGUAAUAUCAGUCGCUACGACUAAUGCCAAGGAUCUGCGGAACACCUUGCCUUCACUCACAGACAACAACGCCUGCAGGGUAAUUGGAAAGCUUAUUGCGGAGAGAUCAAAGGAAGCUGACGUCUAUGCAAUCGCUUAUGAGCCUGAGAAGAACCAACGGAUUGAAGGCAAACUCAGCAUUCUGCUUGAUACAAUCCAAGAGAAUGGUAUCAUCUUCGUUUAGGUUUAAUGGAGCUUUGAACUUCUUGUUACUGCUACACCUUUUUAUCUAUAAGUCCUUGCUGAGGCUUAAUCUUUGGGUUAGUGUAAAGUUAUAGCAUGUAAUUUGAACCACAUCACUUAGAAUAUUGGUGGGAAGAGUGUAACUCCCUGUAAUCCAGAAUGUUCAAUUGAAAGUGCUGGUAGUACGAUUUCGUUAGUAAAAUCGAUUUUUUUAAGUUGGAUAGGAGAAGAAAAAUGAGUUUCCAGCAUAAGAAACUUGGAAAAUCUAGCUCAUGAUCCAGUCAAUGACUUGAUACUUCAGCAACUUACUCCUUAGCUUGAUAUCAAACAUAAAAUCAGCAAGCUGUAAGUUUUGCUUAGAUAAAGUGACAAGAAUUCAUGGAGCUCUCUUGGCUCGAUGACAAAGUUACGGAAAUGCAAGUUAGCCU